AUGAACCCUUCAUCAACGUGCUACACUAUCGUUCACGACGAUCUGAUAGACGCUCCUUCUACUCAAGACCUACGAAACGCUUUGCAAAAAGGUUCAGAUGAAGUCAAACUUGAGACUAUGAGAAGGAUCAUUGUUGGUACUCUGAACGGUCAAGGUCAUGCUGCACUCCUUAUGCCUGUCAUUCAAUAUGUGAUGCCAUCACGUAAUAAACAGUUGAAAAAGAUGUUGCACUUCUAUUGGGAGAUCUGCCCUAAACUUGAUGAGAAUGGAAAGUUGAAGCAAGAGAUGAUUCUGGUUGUUAACGCUAUCCGAAAUGACUUGCAACAUCCCAAUGAGUAUAUUCGAGGAGCAACAUUACGAUUUCUCCAGAAAGUACGAGAAUCAGAAUUAUUAGAGCCUUUGGUACCGACUGUUCGAUCGUGCUUGGAACACCGACAUUCAUUCGUGAGGAAAAAUGCUGUUUUCGCAACAUACACAAUUUAUCAAGACCAUGAACACCUUAUUCCCGACGCUCCUGAAUUAUUGGAUACUUUCCUCGCUGCUGAAUCUGAUUCAACAUGCAAACGAAAUGCUUUCGUAACACUUUGUAACAUAUCUCAAAGUACUGCCGUUCGAUAUCUCCUUAACAACUUUGAUCAAAUCUCAGGAAUGGAUGAAUUGAUGCAGAUGGCUGUGAUUGAACUAGUGAGGAAAGAAGCUAAGACCGAAGGUGGACAUAGGGCUAAAUGGAUCCGAUGUAUAUUCGAAUUACUAAACUCCCCUUCUCAUGCUGUAAAAUAUGAAGCAGCAACCAGCUUAACCACCCUCACUCAAAAUCCAGCUGCUGUUAAAGCUGCCGCUGCCGCUCUUGCUGAGCUCAUCGUCAAGGAAGCUGAUAACAACGUCAAACUCAUCGUACUUGAUCGAUUCGAUAACCUCCGAGCCAAACAUGAACAUGUCUUGGAUCCUAUGGUCAUGGAUAUCUUAAAGGUGUUAACGAGUCCCGAUAUGGAAGUUAAGCGAAAAGCUCUCGGUAUCGCUCUUGAGAUGGUCACAAGUCGAAAUGUUGAGGAUGUAGUAUUAUUUUUGAAAAAACAGUUACAAGGUACUCUCGAUCAAGAUUUCGAUAAGAAUCUCGAAUACCGACAACUACUCAUUCAAAGCAUUCACUCAUGCGCCAUCAAAUUCUCAGAAGUCGCCGCCAAUGUCGUACACGUGCUUAUGGACUUCUUGGGAGACUCCAACAACCCUUCUGCCGUCGAUGUCAUAUCCUUUGUUCGUGAGGUCGUCGAGCGAUUCCCUGAUCUUCGACCAGCUAUAACAGAGAAGCUGGUCUCCACUUUCAGCGAGAUCAAAUCUGGAAAAGUGUUCAGAGGAGCUAUGUGGAUCGUCGGAGAGUACGCCACAGGACCUGCAGAUAUCAAAGGAGCAAUUCAAGAAAUCAGGAAGGUAUUGGGAGAGAUACCGAUAUUGGCUUCUGAGCAGCGAUUGCUUGACGAGGCUGAGGCUGCAGAUGAGAACGCACCCGAAAAGGAGGAAGCACCUAAACCAGUCACGACGACAAGAGUAUUGGCAGACGGUACAUACGCCACUGAGACAGUAUAUACCUCAACAGCUCAAGCUGCUCGUUUAGAACAAGUCCGAGCAGCUACUAAACCACCAUUACGAGCAUUGAUUCUUGGCGGUGACUUUUUCACUGCAUCAGUAUUAGCAGCCACUCUUACAAAACUGGUACUUCGAUUCUCCGAAGUUCAAUCUGAUUCACAAGCUAUAAACACUUUACGGGCAGAAGCGAUCCUCAUCAUGACAUCAAUUAUCAGAGUUGGUCAAUCGAAAUUCGUGGCCGUGCCAAUCGACGAAGAUUCUCAGGAACGAAUUAUGAAUUGUAUAGAAACAUUAGCGGAAUUACAGUCCUCCAAAAUCCUACAAGAUGUCUUCUUACAUGAUACAAAGGCUGCUUAUGCCAAAAUGGUUGCUACUGAAGAGAAGAAAGCAUUGGAAAAGAAAGAAAGAGAGAGUAAAACUGCUACUAUUCAAGCAGAUGAUUUGAUCACUUUCAGACAAUUAUCGAAAAAAUCCACCCUGGGUGAUGUCGACGAUUUCGAUGACCUUGUAGCAGCAACUGGAGCAGCAGAAGUACACGAUGAUUUCGUUUCUAAACUAUCAAGAAUCUCGCAACUUACAGGAUUCUCCGAUCCCGUCUAUGCCGAAACGGUAGUAACAUUGUCUCAAUACGAUAUCAUCCUCGAUGUCCUAUUAGUCAACACGACAAACGAAACAAUGCAAAACCUCACAGUCGACUUCGCCACUUUGGGAGAUUUGAAAUUGGUUGAAAGACCAGCAGCUGUAACUUUGGCUCCUCAAGGAUUCCAUUCGUUAACGGCUACUGUAAAAGUUUCGUCGACUGAAACAGGUGUAAUUUUCGGUGCUAUAACUUAUUCAAAACAAGGUGCAUCAGAUUCAGACGUUACUAUUGUUAUGUCAGAUAUUCAUGUGGAUAUCAUGAGUUUCAUUAAACCCAAUUAUGUCAACGAAGCUCAGUUCCGAUCUAUGUGGACUGAAUUCGAGUGGGAGAACAAAGUCGCAGUUCAAACUUCCAUCUCUGAUCUCCGAGCGUAUCUUGACCACCUGCUCAAAUCUACUCAUAUGGCAUUACUUACUCCCGAAGCUGCGUUAUCGGGUGACUGUGAUUUCCUAUCUGCUAAUUUGGCUGCUAAGUCAUUGUUUGGUGAAGAUGCGUUAGCGAAUGCUUCUAUUGAAAGGACAGAAGAUGGAUCAAUCACUGGACAUGUUAGAAUAAGAUCAAAGACUCAAGGUAUAGCGUUAAGUUUGGGUGAUAAGAUUACACUAAGUCAGAAAAAGGUAUAA